AUGCAGCAUUUCUUAAGCUUGUCCGCAAUUGAAGCAGUGAAUAUAACACGCAUAAACGACGAGGAUGCGUGUUUGUGUAGUGGAGCUACAAGACGAGUCCUCAAGAAACAGAUAAGUAUUCGAGCGCUAAUCAACGAGCUAGAGCUCAUUCGCCAUAGUCUUGUGAAGAAGUCGCCGAAAUACGCGUCUAUAACGAAUCUAUCGGACACAUCGUCUAUUAUUGUAGAUGCGAGCACAGAUGGAGCAGUGUCGGCACGAGACGUAUCGAUGACAGAGACAUACCCCUCUAUUAUAUCGAAACAAGGCGGUAGUACGGACGAUGUGGCUGUCUCUAGGUCAAAGCUGUAUUUAAUGCUACGGAUGGCUCAGGAAACGCUUAAAGCUAAAAAACUACUAGAAAAAGUAUGGUAUGAAGCAACGCGUUGCAAAAUUUCAUUGAUAUCCGAAUGGUGGUCUGUGGAAAUUUGCAGUGUAAUUUUUAAGUAA